AUGUAAUUUAUCUAAGAUAUUAAGGAGCUUAAAUGUACAGAACAUGAAUACAAAAUCAUACAUAUAAAUCGCAGUUAAAAUAUAAAAAUGGGUGCAAGAGUGAGAUGUGAAAAAUGUACAAUUACUGCAGGAGGAGAUUACGUUCACAUUGAUGAUUUCUUAAAAGAUCUUGAUGACAAAAUAGGAAUAGUAGAAGGAAAGGAAAAAGUUAAUUUGAACGAAUUUGAGAAGUUCUCUAUACCUUUGGAAUAAGUGUUAGCAAAUUAUAAAGAUGAAUUUAAUUCUACUGUCUCUCUAAUCAUUAAUGAGGUUCAAAAAGUUAAGCAAUAUAUCCACGAAUAUUUCUCCAUCUUUGAAUAGCCUUUAGAAUCUCAAUCUCUGAGUCAAUUUGAGAAUAUUUGUCACAAAGUCUGUUCCAAUGUCUUCGAUCAGUUUAAUCUGAAAAACUAAUAUUCCCGCGUGGUUGUCCCAAUUAAGUAACUCAUAAACAUGCAAAAGUUCUAUUCUAAUAAGUUAAUAACAUGUUUUAAGCAACUUUAAAACGACAUGACUAAUUAUGAGCAUACGCAUAGUUUUAAUGUACAGGGCAGAGUUUGUACAGCUAUGACUUUCGGUUAAAGUGAUGAUACCUAAAUUAUUGCAAUGGCAUUGGAGAAUUAACUGAAGAUCUACGAACUAUUAAUGGAAAAAAAUAAAGUAAUUGAAAGAUAGUGUUUUAAACAUUUUACUCAUAAUAUCGCUAGUGUUGUUUUUAGUGAUGAUACUAAAUAUUUAGUAGCAGGAGGCACAUUUGACAAGCGAAUGAAUAUCUAUGUAGAAUGUCCGACAAAAAAAAAAGAGUAUGAACUAAAAGCAGAGUUAAUAUACCAAAAUCCUAUCUUCAGUAUCAUCUUUACUCCAAACAAUGAAGAUUUAAUAUCAGGUUCUGGAUGUGAUCUAUUUUGCAUUAAUAAUGAGGAAAUGGAAAAUGUAAUUGAUUUGAAAUCUCAAAAAGUUAAUAAAUUUAGUGAAGCUGAAAACAAAAAUAAAUUUUAGUUAGAUCAUUCUCAUAAUAACACAGUGUAUUAAUUGAAUCACUAUCAUGCCGAAGGUAAAAAGUAGAAACUCAUUUCUUGUAGUUAUGAUAAACAAAUUUUUAUAUGGUUAAAACAAGAUACAUGGAAUAUGAUCAAAAAAAUAAGAUUGCAGAAUUCAGUAUAUAGAUGCAGUUUCGUUGGAGAAGACAGUAUUGUAGUAUAAGAGAAUUCGAGUAGACAUUUGACAUUUUACAAUUAAGUAUUAAGUGGAGGAAAGGUUUGCUAAACAUAUGAAUUUAAUGAUUUAAAUACUGAUUUAUCACAUAAUUUCCCCAUGAUUUAUCUUGAACCUUCAAAUCUAUUGAUUGUGAAACAUAACUCUAAAAUAGUGUUUUUUAAAAAAAGAUCCAAAAAUGGUAUCUUUUAUAAAGAAGAUGAAAAGAAUGGAGAAAUUGGAACUAUUACUCCUGAUGCUAAGAUGUACAUGAGUUGGGAUAGAGAAAAAAAAAGGCUGAUAAUUUACUAAUAAAUUGACAAAUUUUAAGUUGACAAAUAACUAUUUGAUGAGAGGUAUUCGAAAAACCAAUCCAAAAUUACUGAAGAAAGGACCAUUUAAAAUUUGCUUCAGACAAAUACCUAGGAGGAAAAUUAAUUAAGAGGAUUAAAUACUAAUGUGGAAAACAGAGGCCUUCAUAGUAAUGAUAUUAGAUUGGAAAUAAAUAACGAUAAUUUACAUAGGGACAUUAACACCGAUGACAAUAGAAGAUUAGUUGAUAUAAACGACUAAGAUUCUCCACAGUUAGUUUAGUUUAAUUGAAACAGC